CCCGGGAAAUCGCUACCGAAAAAGCAAUCUGCCCUUGUACGAUAAGAACCCUGCCAAGACUGCUUUCCCUAGUGUCGAGAGCAAGCAUUUCGGAAGACUGGCGGGCGUGGCAGGGAGCUUUAGCAGAUGGCGAGUACUGGGAGAUAAGAUGGAGCAGUUCUAUAUCAGAUGUACGGUAACCUCUGGCGGAGAGCCAAUGCACCUGGUUCUCGCCAUGUCCCCCCUCUCCAUCGGCAGGCCGACCCGUUGAGCCCAUUCCCGUGAGCAAUGGCGCAGGAAACCGUUCGCAGGAUCAGAGAGGCGGCGACGCUCGACUUUGACGAGUCCCGCCACGAGGAGGUCAGCGCCUGGUCGAAUCGCGACCUCAUCCCGCUGCCGCCGUCCCGACGCACCUGGGGCUGGUUCAACUUCUUCGGUUCCUGGUCGCUGUCUUCCCUGAAUGUGGCAACAUGGCAAACGCCCAACACCUUCUUGGCCCAGGGGCUCUCGGUCGGCCAGGCCAUGGCCGUGAUUGUCGUCUCUCGGGCGCUCUGCUGUCUCUUCGCCGUUUUCGUCGCUUGGUGCGGUCUGACGUGGCACAUCGGCUUCACCGUCCAGAACAGAUACACCUGGGGAUUCCGCGCGAGCUACAUCCCGUUGCUGCAGCGCAUCCUGCUCAACUUUAUCUGGACCGCUCUCCAGUGCUGGAACGGAGGUAAGUUGGUGACGGUGUGCAUCACAGCCAUCUGGCCGUCCUUCGCCGAGAUACCCAACACUCUCAGCGCCAGCACGCCAACGACCACCUACGAGAUGGUCGGCUUCAUCGUCUUUUGGCUCGUUUCUGUCCCGUUCCUCUUCAUCCGACCCGAAAGGUUCAAGAAGCCCUUCUUCGUGUCCUCCGUCGCAUGCGGCGUGGGCAUGGUCGCCCUGCUCGUCUGGUCACUGGCGGCCGCGGGGGGCGUCGGUCCGGUCUUUUACCAGGGCCAGAGCGUUUCCUCCAGCUCGCGGUGGAGCGCCUCCUGGCUCAUGAUGGCGGGCAUCAACCAGGCCAUCGGGGGAAAGGCCGCGGGCAUGACGAACAGCAGCGACUUUUCGCGGUACGCCAAGAACAAGAGGGACUACAUCAUCGGCACUGUGUCGGUCUACUGGAUCACCGGGGUUCUCGUCUGUUUGGGGGGUCUGGUGACCACCGCAGCUUGCCAGAAGAUCUACGGGCACAUCUAUUGGAACCCGCCGGACUUGCUAAUGGUCAUGAUGGAUCACGGACACGGUUCCUCGGCGUCUCGCGCCGCCGUCUUCUUCCUCGCCCUCGCCUUCGCCUUCACCUCCAUGUUCGAAAACGUCUGCUCCAACGCCGUCGCCGGCGGCAUCGACCUCGCCGGCCUCUUCCCGCGCUACAUCGACAUCCGCCGCGGCGCGCUCAUCACCUUCUUCGCCGCGUGGGUCAUCCAGCCCUGGCAGCUGAUCAACCAGGCCGCCACCUUCGUCGCCGUCCUCAACUCGUUCGCCGUCUUCCUCGCGCCCAUCAUGGGCGUCAUGGUCUGCGACUACUUCAUCCUCCGCCGCCAGAGGAUCAAGCUGUCGCACCUCUUCCACCCGGACGGCUCCGACUACUGGUACUGGCACGGCGUCAACUGGAGGGUGAUACCCUGCUGGGUCGCGGGCUGGGCGCCCACCAUCGGCGGCCUGAUCGCGAGCGCGGGGAAAGACGACAGCGCCCCCGACGCGCUCUACGAGCUGUACUACGUCGCCUUCUUCAUCGGGUUCCUCGUCUCGUUCGUACUCUUCUAUCUCGCGAACCUCGCGUUCCCGGUCGCGCAUCUCGGCGAGAUCGACGAAGACGACAAGUACGGGACGUUCACGGCGAGUGAGGCGGCCAAGCUGGGAGUGACGCCGAGCGAUGCGGCCAUCACUUCGGGUUUCUUCAAGGAGGAGGGCAUCGCCCAGGUGAACGAGGUCUCAGAGUCUGAGUCUGGCAAAAGCUCGAAGUGGUGGAGCUUCAGGCGGCGAUGAACAAGCAUGAGCCUGGGCGUGUCUAAGAGGGAUUGCGCCAAUGAAGAGGUCCAGCUGUGCUUAUCCUAGGAAAUAGUAAAACCGUGCUUCCAAACACU